UGACACAUUUAAAUGCAAAUGUUGUUAGGGAGACUGCAACGACGUCAACCACAUCAUCAACAAUAACAAUAAUAACAGCCACAACCAACCAACAACAAAAACAACUAUCUCCUCCUCUUCUUCUUUGAAAUAAUUCUUGGACUUUUAUAUAUUUUGAAAAUAUAUCUCGCACAUUCUUUCAUCCACACUCAUCAAUGGCGCAAUUGCCUCCCAAGAUUCCAAAUAUGUCGCCAACUUGGCCGGACUUCCCUUCCCCCCAGAAAAUGCCACCGCCGUCUCUCAAUGCAAGCCAAUAUCAGCUUCCUCAGAACCCGACCUGGGUGGACGAGUUCCUAGACUUCUCCUCUGCCAGACGCGGCGCGCAUCGCAGGUCGGUGAGCGACUCGAUCACCUUCCUGGAGGUGCCGUUGCUGGCAGGGGAGAAUUGUGGCGGGGACGGUGCCGUCCCCCCAAGGGAUAAUGAGGAGAGUGAAUUUGAAAAGUUCGACGAUGAACAAUUCAUGUCGAUGUUCACGGACGAGAUUGCUAAUGGUGGGGGUAUUCCGAUGCCGCCAACGAUGUCGUCUUCAAACACUACAAGCGACGAGAAAGAAACGAGUUACCAGAAUGAGGAGGUUAAUGUGAAGAAGAAUUCGAAGGAUGAGGAAGAACAGGAAAUGAAAUUGAAUUUGAAGAAUGAAGCGGAUGAGGUUGAAAGCCAAUGUAAAGUGGAAGAAGAAAGCAAUAAUGCGCUGCCUUCAAACAACACCAACAAUCUUGCUUCUUCCAAUGACCGAAUUACUGAUCCCAAGAGAGUCAAAAGAAUUUUGGCAAAUAGACAAUCUGCACAAAGAUCGAGAGUGAGAAAGUUGCAAUACAUAUCAGAAUUAGAGAGGAGUGUAACUUCAUUACAGGCGGAAGUUUCAGUGCUGUCACCACGGGUUGCAUUCUUAGAUCAUCAGCGUUUGCUUCUAAAUGUUGACAAUAGUGCUAUCAAGCAAAGAAUCGCCGCCCUUGCCCAAGACAAGAUUUUCAAAGAUGCUCAUCAAGAAGCACUGAAGAGGGAGAUAGAGAGACUGAGGCAAGUGUAUCACCAACAGAACCUUAAGAAGAUGGAAAACAAUAACAAUGCACCAUGCUCAUCACCGUUACGAGCGUCGCCGCCGUCGCCAUCGCCGUCACCAAGGCAGAAUGAACAGAUUCUCAAUGUUUGACAAGAAUUAAACGUUGUAACCCCAACAACAUCAACCAAAUUAUCUAUCUAUCUAGCUAGGAUUUAAGUACAUGAUGAUGAAGAUGAAGACAAAUUAAAGCUGUGAUUCUUUAUAUUUUUUUACAAAGAAGUUGCAGAAUAAUUUCGUUUUUGGAUGUAAAUGUAUAAAUAAUACUGUAUGAUGGGGUUGUGAGAUAUUUGGUGAGAAGUUUUAUUAGGAAAUUGAUGAUGAAAAAGGGGGAAACUUUUUCUGUUGACUGAGAAGAGUCACGUUCUGAGGCCACAUUUUGAUGGUUCUGAUCGAUGGUGGUGGAUGCCAUGAAACUGUUGCAACCACGUGAUGUGUUUUAACUUUAAUUUCAUUUCUCUUAAGGAAAGGGGACCACUUCUACUCUCUCUCAAAAAGCUCUGUUAAUUUCGAUUCAUGUUGGAAAUUAUUUGAUUUGUGGUUUGUACUAUUGUGUAACCAUUCUUAUUUGAUUAUCGAUUCAAAAAGGGUCCAAAUUGUAAAUAAACCAAGUUAUUAUUAUCUAUGAUUUCCAAGUUACUAUAA